ACCACUGCCUGUAAACGCCCGCAAACGAAUCGAACGCACACCAUCGCGCUCCUCAAACAAGGUUUCGUCGCUCGACUCGCACGCGCAAGUCACGAACCCCCAAGACCAACGCAUCUCGAAGGCCGUCCCGACCGAUCCAACCCGUCCUGUCGGUGGCUCACGUACAACAAGACCAGCAGCACUUGCUCUCACCCCUACUUCAACAUGGCCACCAACUCAGCAUUCACCCUUCUCGGCCCAAAACUCGACUCCAAGACUGUUGUUGCCAUGUUGUUUCGAGAACCAAGCACCCUGGGUCGGACGUGCAACGCGUGCAACAACUUCGUCAAGCAGACCAAGUGGGCCGGAAACACCAACCUGCUCAACCACCUCGUGUCCAAGCAUCCUAGCUACGAGGGCAUCGCCCGGAAGUGUUUGCGCGAAAAGCGCGUCGUCACCAUGGACAUGUUCGUCGACCGGCACACGCAAGAGACGUACCAGUGGAUGAAUCUCGUCGUCCACAAAAACUUCACGUUUGCUGGCGUGGAUGACGAGACGGUGCGUGCCGCCGUUAAGUUCAACUCUAUGAGCUCGAAGACCCUGAAAGCCCGUAUGGUGCCAAAUGUUGAGCCGCCGCGGUGA